AGCGCGUAAUCAUCUUUGGCGGAAACGUAUGUAAACAUGGUUGCUUGAGCAAAGCUAAACGUUCAAAGUAGUAACAUCGUAGCUAGCUACAUAUUUACUGUAUAUAUUAGCUAUCAUACCCACAUGAAAAUGUUUAAGCGAAGAAAGCUGUUUUAAAAAGUUUAAGCUAUAAAGAGCAUAAUGAAUGAUAAGAAAGCACAGCAAGCAAACGAAGCUGCACUACGAGAGUAUGGUAAGACACAGAUUCAGCACAUUAAGCAACAGAAAGAUUUGCUUGAAUGUAAACAAAAGCACAAGCAGAGGAAACAUAUAAUCACGCCAAAAGAGGCCAUUCUUGAACAGAAUGUACCGGAACAUCUUGUAUGCAUGUUAAGGCUGAAGGCUUUCAGAGAAGAGAUGAGGAGGGGGGCUGAGCAGGACUUCCAUGAGCCCUCCCGCUGCACUGCCUGCCUGGCUAAACGAGCUGACCUGGCACUAGACUUUUUUAUGAGAAAUAAGAAGAGUCAGCUUCAGACCCACCUAUUGGAGGACAAAAUUCAGGACCAUGUCUGCAAUAAAGACACUGUUUGCCUACUCGGGGAGAUGUUGAAGUAUAUACCCAAGCCCUCAGAUGAGCCAGGUGAAAUAUGGAAGAAACUGUUAAGUGAAAGACACAAAUUACAUAACAAUAAAUGAAAGGCUUCACUUACAUAA